UUGAUCCCACUGUGCAGGAAUGGCUGGAGCCGCCGAGCCGCGGCUCACAACAAUGUGAAUCGGGAAUUAGGCUCGUCCGGAGCAGACAGAGACCCGGAGGUCCGCCGGCCGCACCCGCACUGACCGCACGCCUGGGGAGACGGGCCGUCGCCAUGCCUGCGUUCAGCAGACAGGAGUUCUUCCAGGAGCUGGCAGAGGGAUGCCUGCUGCCCACUGCCCAGCAGGGGCUGGAGCAGGUGUGGCAGCUGCUGGUCAUCUGCCUGGUGUGCCGCCUCUUCUGGAGACUGGGCCCUCCGUCCUACCUGAAGCACCUGAGCACGGUGGCGGGGGGCUUCUACUCCCUGUACCUGUUCUUCGAGCUCCACAUGGUCUGGGUGGUCCUGCUCAGCCUCCUCUGCUACCUCAUCCUGUUCCUGUGCCGACACUCCGGCAACCGCGGCUCCUUCCUCUCCGUCACCAUCCUCAUCUACCUGCUGAUGGGAGAAUUGCACAUGAUGGACACAGCUACCUGGCAUAAGAUGAGAGGCUCCCAGAUGGUGGUGGCCAUGAAAGCCAUCUCCCUGGCCUUCGACCUGGACCAUGGCACGGUGCCCGCCGUGCCCUCGCCCGUGGAGUUCAUGGGCUACAUCUACUUCGUGGGAACAGUCAUCUUUGGGCCCUGGAUCAGCUUCAACAGCUACAAGGAGGCCAUCGAGAGCCAGCGGCUGAGCUUGGCCUGGUUCACGAAAGUCUGUCUCAGCUGGAUCAAGUGUCAGGUCUGCCUGAUCAUCUCCAACUGCAUCGCUCCCUAUCUCUUCCCCUACUUCAUCCCCAUCUACGGAGACCGCAUGCUGCGCAACAGAAAGAAACGGAAAGCCAGAGGAGCCCUUGCGAGGUGGCUCCGCGCCUAUGAGAACGCCCUGUCCUUCCACUUCAGCAACUACUUUGUGGGCUACCUGAGCGAGACUACCACCAGCCUGGCUGGAGCCGGCUUCACCGACAACAAGGACAACAUCCAGUGGGACCUGACCGUAACCAGGCCUUUGAAUGUGGAGCUGCCCAGGUCCAUGGUGGAGGUCGUGACCUCUUGGAACCUGCCCAUGUCUCGCUGGCUCAACACGUAUGUUUUCAAAAGUGCGCUGAGGCUUGGCACCUUUCCUGCCAUCCUGGUCACCUACACUGCCAGUGCCCUGCUGCACGGCCUGAGCUUCCACCUGGGCGCUGUGCUGCUGUCUCUGGGCUUCAUCACCUACGUGGAACAUGUUCUGCGCAAGAGGUUGGCUGCUAUCUUCCACGCGUGCAUCUUGUCCAGGCGCUGCCCACCAGACUGUGGCCACCAGCACAAGCAGAGCCUGUGGGUGUACGCCAUCAAUAUGGGCUUCAGCGCCAUGUCCAUCUUCCACCUGGCCUACCUGGGCUCCCUCUUCGACUCCGAUGUGGACAACAUCGACUCGGAAGAGGGAUAUGUGGCCAAUCACACCAUUCAGAAGUGGUCAGAGCUGAGCUGGGCGAGCCACUGGGUGACCUUCGGCUGCUGGGUGUUCUACCGUCUGAUUCGCUGAGCAGGAGGAGUGGAAGGGCAGAGACAAUAAGAGCAAUAAGAAAGCCAUCAUUCAUGAAGGCCGGGCCGUUGUCCUCGUUCUGCCCAGUUUAAAGACGCCCGGCUGCCUCCUUUCCCUGUGGUGGUCUGGGUCUGAGAAAGCACUCCCUGUUGUUUUACUGUGCUCCUCUGUGUCUGCUGCUCAGGGUGCAGCGACAGCGCCCCCUGUCUGUCCUCUGUCCAGAAUAAUGGGGUUAGUCAUUAUAGCGUUCAACAUGUUCGAGAAGUCAAACGUAUGAAUCCCACUGGGGCAAUAUUUGGAGGUAUCUCUACAUUCAUCUUUGGAGAGUUUGGGAUUCUGGCUUCAGUCACUUCUGUUCCUUCCCUUGGAGCACCUCCUUUGGAUUUCAGGAAACCCUGGACGUCAGGAAGUGCACACAGUUCCAGAGCCCUGUCCUGGCCUGUCCUUUGCGAACACAGUGUUUAAGUAGAGCACAUUGAGCCUGCAAGAACAUGGCCGUUUUUCAGAAACCCUGAAGUGUGGGGGGCCAGUGUACCCAUUCCAGAGCAGGGCGAGAGCUGGGCCGCUGGAAGGAAGACGCCCCUGGCCCUCGGGACUGGGGUCUGGCACCAGAGCGAUGGCAGUGUGCUGAAGAACAAGCUCUGAGCCCUGCGGGAGACCAGCCUGUCUGUGUGUUGAUGCCUGGGCCUCCGUUCACUCAUUGUUUGCUUUCUGCUUCAGUCCCAUGGCCUGACAUCUGUUAGCAUUUCCCAAAAGCCACAACAUUUUUAAAGAACAGCUGCAGUGUUUGGGCGCCUGACCUUUUCUUUGACAAGGGAGCUGCAAGCCGGAGACUUCAGGAGGGUGAUGAGAGACAGGGCCUGCGUCCUGUCACUCCGUCAUCCCUGACCCGUGUCUGGGCUGGAAUGUGCUGGCCCUGCUCUGCUCGACUCUCAAGCUGGGCGGUUUCAGAUGCCUCCAGAGUCUCCAGUCUGCAGCUGGGCCUCUUCUCCUGGAGCCUCGCGCUGUCGCGAGGAGAUCACGUGCAUCUUGACUAUGGAAGGCAGCUUGUUCCUCAAACAGAUACAACAGUUCACAGGAAUGGAGUGCUUCUCCAGUCUUCUUUUUGGCCAUGAGUGUACAGCACCACCCCAGUAUACUUGGCUUCAUUGUGCCAUAAUUCCUGCUUGUUUUAACAAACAUCUCCUGUACAUUGCUUCUGCCAAACACUUAUCCCUUGAAAUGUCAUAUACAUGUUUGCUUUUAUUAAUUUUCUAUUAAACCUUCUACAGUAUGUCAGUUGGUUUAA